AUGAAAAGAAUUCAGCAAUAUGCAGUGGAUGUGACUCUGGAUCCUGAUACAGCUCAUCCUGAACUCAUCCUGUCUCAAGAUGGGAAACAACCAAAGAACUCUUCUGCUUCUCUUACAGUAACAGUGCUGAUUUCACUCAUUCCAGAAACACAUGCUGAAGAGCAACCUAAAGCUGUGUUGUCCAUAAAGCCUGAUAAACAUGUGUACACUGGCGAGAAUAUCACUCUCAGAUGUGACAUAGAGGGAGGAGACACUGAGUGGACAUACAUCUGGUUUAAGAAUAAUUCCAGUCUCAACACGGAAGAAGGAAAAGGCAAACAGAAAAAAAAGAGCAAAAAGCAGGAGUUCAGUAUCAAGUCUGUUAAAGACUCUGACAGUGGUAACUACACCUGCAAAGGACAGAGCCAUAACUCUCAGAGCUCAGAGAUCAGUGAUGCAGUUACACUGACUGUAUCAGAAAGACCAAGGCCAGUACUGAGUGUAUCUCCACACAGCUGGCUGACUGAAGGAGACUCAGUGACUCUAAGCUGUGAGGUUACAGACACCUCUAGAGACUGGACAUUCAGCUGGUACACAGUUGUUCCCUACAGAGACGGAUUAACUGCAAUAAAUAAUCAUCUUGGCUAUACCGUGUAUGUGGAGCUCCUCUCAGACAGCAGCAGAGGAUCAGGAGGCAAAUACACUCUCAGUCCUGCUGCUCUUAAUCACACAGGAGUUUAUAGGUGUAGAGGAGAGACAGGAGAACCACCCUUUUACACAAAAUACAGCUAUAGAAAGCCUCUAUGGAUCACUGGUGAAUUUCCUCCAGUCUAUCUGAUCAUCAAUCCCAGCAGAACUCAACACUUUACUAAUGACUCUCUCUCACUGAGCUGUGAGGACCAGAGUAAGUCUACUGGAUGGACAGUGAGACGAUACACACGCAGUAAGAAUGAGUCAGAUUGUUCACACUGGGGAUCAGUUACAGGCUCUACAUGUAACAUCAGCUUCCUCUCCACAUCCUACACUGGAGUUUACUGGUGUGAGUCUGAAUCUGAAGAAAACAGUAAUCCUGUCAACAUCACAGUGCAUGAUGGUGAUGUGAUCCUGGAGAGUCCUGUCCAUCCUGUGACUGAGGAACAUCCUCUGACUCUACACUGUUUAUAUCGUACACCUAAUGCCUCAAACCUCACAACUGUUUUCUAUAAAGAUGGAUCAGUUCUCCAGAAACAUACUACAGGAGAGAUGAUCAUCCAAACUGACUCAAAGUCGGAUGAAGGUUUCUACCACUGUAAACACCCAGAGCGAGGAGAGUCACCGAAAAGCUGGGUCUCAGUCAGACGUUCUAGGUCCACUAGUACAACCUUAGCUUCUAUUCUGAGUUUGGCAUUUCUGAUCAUUUUAUUAAUCGUCCUGCUGGGGUUCUGCAAAAUAAAGAGAGAAAAGCAGAAAACCAAUAAGACAUCAGAACUGAAUCAGAGCCGAUCAGGAGCUGAAGACUCUCAGUCAGGACAAACACCACUUCAGGCUGGUGAAGCUGCAGCUGAGAGCAACGAAGCCACUUAUGCGCAGGUCAUGAAGAAAAAGAAGGCAAAGGGGAACAAUGAUCCUGACAUUGAGCUCAGUGGUAGUGAUGUGACUUAUGCUCAACUUGAAGUAAAACCAAAGAAGUCGUCUAUGCAAGAAAAAGAAAAAGCCAGUGUGGAUGCUGAUACUUUAUACUCAGCAGUGAAGCCGAACAACAAGUGAGUCGGUGUAUGGAGCUGAUGGAGCUGUGGUUAUAUGACAUGUUAUUUCUGUAACUUCUGUUUUCUUUUGCUUAUGAGCACUUUCUUUCACCUAUCCCCCACAUAUGUAAGCACAUACCUGCA